CGGAAGCGGCCAGGUGCAGAGCACUGCGCUCCGCUUACCUCUACACCGCCCGCUCCUUCGCCAAGGCUCUCCGGGUCCAGCUGUUUCCCGGUCGGAUUAUAAAGUAUGAGACCCCACGCAAACUGCGCUGUCCUCCUCAUGCCUGUUGCACUGCAGUUGAUGCUGGUUCCCUUGGCCUCCACCAGGAAGUGUGGCUCCAUCUACAAGGGCUUUGCUCAGUGCCUUCUAGCCCUGGGCGACAGCAUGGCUGACAGUGUGCAGAAGGACGAGGGCACGCAGGAGAUCGACACCGUCUGUAGGUCAUGGGAUGAAUUCCACGUGUGUGCCAAUGCCGCACUGGAAGGCUGCCCAGACGAGGCAGCAGCGGUCUGGGAGUCCCUGCGGCAGGAGUCCCGGAAGAUGCAGUUCUCGGGAAACCUGUAUGACAUGUGCUCCACACGGGCCCAAGCCCCGCCCAGCCCACUCAGCCCGCCAGACCAGGGCGAGAGCAACCAAGAGUCACUGAAGGCCACCGCGAUCCCAUUGGCUCCCUCCCACUUCCUGCUGCUACCUGUGGGUUUGCUGCUGCACAGGAUAUAGCUGGCUGGAGCGCAGGGGGAGGGGCCAAGCGCCAGGUACAGAAUCGGGUUAACGGACAGACAGACAUGCGCGGGUUCGCGCCUCACUCCCCGAAGGUCAGCUCUCCCGUGGGUCUCCAAAGUCAGCUUGAGCCCCGUAGAUCCUGAUUCUUACUUGAGCAUACGUGCAAUCAUCCUCUUCCUCUCCAUCACAUACAGACAUGCACACUUACAUACACGGAUACACGCUCAUUUUGUCACCCCUACCGUUAUUUAUUUUGCAGCCAAUUUUACCCAAAGCAGUUGGGGCUCAGGGCCUUUCUCAAGAUUCCUAUAGCGCAGUUUCCCAAUCCAGUCUCCGGGGACCCACAGACAGUUCAUGUUUUUGCUCCCUCCAGGGAGCCAGUAGGGAGCAAAAAUGUGGUCUGUCUGGCAAGGAGCUGGGAGGGAGCAAAAACAUGGACCAACUGUGGGUUCCCAAGUAGUGGACUGGGAAACACUGCUGUAGUGAUUUGGCCCCACUGGUUCUGGGAUCUGAACCCACAAUUUUCCCGACAUGGGUGCAGAGUCCUAACCUACUGGGCUACAGAUAACACAGACACAUACACACUUGUCCUCAGGCACAAACUCAGACACACCCCUAGCCCCACCCUGUACAGCACACUUUGCAUGACAGGCUGCAGAGGACACCAUACUCUUUGGUCAGUUCUAGGUUUUAAAAGCAAACUUGUGGCAAUAACACGUUUAUCAAUGUCAAAUCUCUGAAUUGAACUGCAAUCAGUUUUAUAAAAACUACAUAAAAUGUGUGUUAAUUAAGUAGAUUGAACUGUAAAUUAUCUAAAUUUGUCAUUGGUAUGUGAUUCUAUGUACACUCAGACCCUUCUUAUAGCAACAUACCCUAUAUGGCCAAAAGUGUGUGGAUACGACCCUGAAUUAUAGGCGCUGGUUAACUAAGCCACACCCAUUGCUGACAACACAACACAGCCACACAAUCUCCAGAAACAAAUAAUAGCCGCAGAAUGAGUGGCUGUACAGAAGAGGUUAGUGACUUUCCGCUUUGCACUAUUAUAUGGUGCCAUCUUUCAUCUUUUGGCAAGUCAGUUUGCCAAAUUUCUGCCCUGUUAAAACUGUGCUGGUCGUCCGCAAGGAAAGUGACAGUGAAGUGCAAAGAUUUGAGAGCAAGAUUGACAAGCUGCUGUCCUCGUGCUUUUGGCCAUAUAGUGUGACGUCAGCGGCCAGGUUCUGAAACCCUCAGCACGUCAAAUGAUAUGCAACUUACUGACUUAAUGAGUUUUUAUGCUAAUUAUAUUCACAUCUCUAUCUGCAUAUUUAUGCCCAAUAUCACCAAUGUUCCUUGUGCUCUCUUUGGGCUUAGAUGAUGAAACCUUUACCUCCUUCUUUCCCGGUUAAUGUAUUAGACCAUUCGGAUAUGUUUUCAAAGCGGUCACAAGAUUUGCGUUAUACAUUUUGUCAUUUUUAGUCAAAUAAAAGGGACUUUAACUGAAA